CACAACACCCCAUCCCCCUUGAGAAGGGCCAGCGCCACUUCUUGUGCAGUAACAGUGCCAGUUCAGAGGGCACAAGGAGCUUCUCAGGGAAAAGCGAAAAGGAAGUUGUUCGGGCCAGACCAGCUGGGGAGGCCCUGCACGCCCCCACCCCGGCUGCAGCUCUGCAGAAGCCCAGGGGCAGGGCCACAGAAGCAGGACAAAGCUAAGGGUACAUCCUGAAGGAGACAGCCUCGUCUGAGAAAGGGAGGAGACCAGACUCGGAAAGCAUCGAAUCUCUCUCCUGGGUUGGGAUGAGCAGAAUGGUGCCCCAUGACAUAUUUGGUGGGAACUUUGUGGUCCUUCCACCGGCGGAUGUCCUCAUGCCCCACGCAGAGAACCAGGGCAGCAGGAAACAAGGGCUGAAGGCUGAGGCCAAAGUGCUCGGGACUAUCCAGAUCAUCUCCAGCUUCAUGGUCAUGAUCUUGGGGCUCCUUAUAGCGUGUUCUCCCUUCCCCCAUCACUUCAGCUCACUUAUUGUCACCCUGGUGAAGUCUGGCUACCCGUUCGUAGGUGCCAAGUGUUUUAUCGUCUCCGGAUUGCUGUCCAUCAUCAUGGAAAAAAGAACAAAUAAGCGUAUGGCCUGGGCCAGCCUGGCUACCAACCUCCUGAGUCUCGUCACUGCUUUUGUGGGCUUCGUACUCAUUACCUUCCACAUGGCCACGGUACUUGUCGCCUGGGGAGAGUGUGAGCUUGAUGUGAUGCCCACGCAGCCACACACGAACAGCUACUACAGUUCAGAAAGCACAACCUUUAAGUGUGCCAUCGCCAGCUCCAUUUUGCUGGGGGUGCUGUCUGGGAUGCUUCUGUUCACGGUGUUGGAAUUCUGCGUUGCCAUCCCGACGUCCGUCCUCUGGUGGAGACAGGCCCGUUCAGGCGUCCCCGGGGAUGUGCGCUUCUUGACUCAGCGUGAGACGGUAACCAUCAACGUGCUCCCAGAGACUUUUGCUGAUCCUGACCCUGGGUCUGAGAAACUGGCCACCUCGAUGGAGAGAGAGAAUGAAGGAAACAGGGAGAGAGAAUGAGGGAGAGACAGAGACAGACAGACAGGGACGGAGGGAGACACAGAGAGUGAAAGAGAGAGAUGUCAAAAAAAAUAUAUGUAGAAAUGGAGCCACUUUAAAAGGGAGCUGCUACUCCAGGGGAACUGUCUGGCACAUCUUAUACCUCUAGCCUUUGGAAUGUCCAAACAGCAAAACAACCUUUGCACUGGGCCUAAAGCAACCUUGUGCCCCAAUGACCUGUUUGCAAAGAUAACAAGAGAGCAGAUAUCAUGACUACCAGACUGAAAACAUAUUAAUAUAAUACACAUUGUUUAGAAUUAGUGUCA